UUUGAAGGAUGAUUUAUGACAUCAGACACGCAUGGACGACAAUGGAAGGGACGUUUGCUCAUGUUUGAAAGCUCUUUUCCUAUUGGCUGGUGUUCAGUAUAUAAAAUUCGAUGGCAAAAAUCUUUCUCUGCCACUUCUGCUCGCUCUCAUUUCGGAAUCAAAAAGAAGGAGUUGCAAGCGACCAUGAAUAUUUUAUUAUUUGUCGCCCUCUUGGGCCUCGUUUUGGCUGAUGAGGAGGACAAUGGAGGAUGGAAUUGUAAUGGUAACAAUGGACAAAAUUGCCACGACUUCUUUUCACAGUUCCAACAAUGGCAAGCUAGCCAAUCCGGCGGCGGUGGCGGCGGCGGCGGCGGAGGGAGCGGCGGCAGCGGAGGGGGCGGAAGUGGAGGUGCUGGUGGUGGUGCAGGAGGCGGUGGUGGUGGAGUCGGUAGCGGAUCUGGAGCUGGACUCGCAGUCUCUGUUGGCGGUGCUGUUUCCAGUGCUAAUGCUGUAGCUAUAGCUCAAGCUAGAGCAUCCGCCGAAGCAAGGGCAGCCGCUGAAGCAAGAGCAGCAGCUGAAGCAAGCGCAAAGGCAGCUGCUGACGCAAGGGCAGCCGCUCUAGCCUUCUCUAGAUCCAAUGUUGGUGUUGGAGGGGGUAGGACCGUGUACCUCGUACAGGGAGGAGGAGGUGCUCAGUUUGGUAAUAGUGGGGCACUUGCCGCUGCCACAGCCCUGGCCGGAGCUUCAACAGGAGGUGGUUUUAGAGGUCUUGGUGGUGCAAGGGCCUCCGCCUCAGCGUCAGCCUUUGCUGGAGGACUUGGUAGACAGAUCACCAUUAAUCGUCAUUAUUACAACUUCAACCACUACAACCCCUGCACAUACCCAAACAUCCUUCAGAACUAUCAUCUUUGUGGCGGUUACCCCAAAAUUCCUCAAUUUCCCCAGUACAGACCAUACCAUGGACAAAGUUCUCCUUUCUUGGGAGCCGGUGCUUCUGCAUCAGCCUCAGCCUCCGCUUUUGGUCAGGGAUCUGGAAUUUUUGACAGCGUUCUCUCCAAACCUUUCUCUGGACGCAGCCCUGCCUUUGGAGGUGGAUCCUUGUUUGGUUCUCGUUUAGGAGGUGGAAAAUACGAUAUUCCUUAUUAUCCAUCCAAAAGAGAUUACCAUUUCUAAAGAAAGUAUGGUGAAGAUACAAUCCACAAGUUUUUGCAAUGUUUGUAAAUAAAUAUUUGUUAUUUAUAAAAAAAAAAAAUAAAAAAAGGUACACAAAAAAA